AUUAAUUUGUAAAAGUAAUCUCAUCAUUUAAAAUUUACAUAAAAACAAUCAAGCAUAUAAAGUAAAAUGAACUUCAACUUUUCUAUGGGACAAAAUCCUCAAGGAUAAUACCCUCCUCAACAAGGCCAAUAUCCUCCUCAAGGCUAGUACCCUCCUCAACAAGGCCAAUAUCCCCCUCAAGGAUAGUACCCUCCUUAAGGUUUUUACCCUCCUUAACAAGGCUAAUAUCCUCCUAAUCCUUGUGAAUAACAACCUCCUACUUUUAGUUUUGGAUUUGGAUAGCAACCUCCUUAAGGAUAAUAUCCUCCUCCUCCUUUUGGAUAAGCUCCUCCCUAAUUCUAACCUCAACAAUAAGGAACUUCUUAACCUAAUCCUCACUACGGAAGAAAAUUACCUCAUAUGGUUAAAUAAAGUUAAAAAGUUGGUAAAGAUACCCACUACUACUCAACUCACUUUGAUCAAUUAGAGCAAUCAUCAGUCUUAAAAAAUGAGUUCCACACUCCUGAAGUAGAUAAAAUAACUGUAUUCUACACAGAAAACAUUGUUGUCGGCAUAGAAUGCCAUUAUAAAGCAUUAGGCAAGGACAGUGUAGCUACUAUAACAAAUAAAGGUAGUUGUUAAGGAUACGUUUAAUCCUAAACAAUAGCUUUAGAAUUUGGUGAAAACUUCACUGAAAUAUCUGGUCGUGCUGGAGAUUCUAUUGACCGUUUAUUGAUUAAGACAAGCAGAGGAAAAACUUUAGAAGUAGGUGGAUAAGGAGGUUAACCAUUCUAAAACCUCCUCCCUUGGGGUCAUCCAAACAUUGUCAGUAUUGGUGGUUCUACUCGUGAAUAUUUAGACUCUCUUUAUGUUUUACAUAAAUGA